UGUAAUGAUAAGAUGUUAACGGGUCGCUUAAACCUUUAAUUACAAGUGGACAUUUUUGUGACAGUUCUUUGUAUGCAAAGUUUUAUAUAAACGUCUUGUAAGAACAUUCCUGAACUUCGCCCUCCGCCGUUCCAGGAGAAAGCAAGUCAACCAUCGUCUCAGCUCCUGACUCUAGUCUGUGUUGUGAUUUCCUGCGCGACUGUCCCACCCCAGUGUUAGCAGCAGACAUGGCGGACCUCAAGAAGGUGGCGCGCGAUCGCAUUGACCAGCACGCGGAGGAGCUGCACGCGCUCAGUCAGGCCAUCUGGCGAACACCGGAACUGAACUUCCAAGAACACUUCGCUCACACGCUGCUGACGAAGUUUUUGGAGGAGAAGGGUUUCCAGGUGGAGCGCUCCUUUAAGCUGGACACGGCCUUCCGUGCUACGUGGGGAGGGGAGACAACUUCCGGUCCUAACGUGGCGGUGCUGUGCGAGUAUGACGCACUUCCGGAAAUCGGACACGGCUGCGGGCACAACCUCAUCGCGGAGGCUGGCAUCGCUGCUGGCCUGGGGAUCAAAGCGGCCAUGGAGACAGCAGGAAAGCCUCUUGGGAAGCUGACUGUUCUGGGAACCCCAGCGGAGGAAGGAGGAGGGGGAAAGAUAGAGCUGAUCAACAAGGAUGUCUUUAAGGACGUGGAUGUCGCCAUGAUGGUUCAUCCAAGUCCCUUCAACAUGUCGCGGUUUCCUUGCAUGCCUGCAUCUCUUGUUUCAGUGAAGUAUCGGGGGAGAGCAUCACACGCGGCCGCUUUUCCUUGGGAAGGAGUUAACGCCCUUGAUGCUGCUGUGAUGUGUUACCAGGGAAUUUCCAACAUGCGACAACAGUUUAAACCGUCAUGGCGGGUAAACGUCAUCAUCAAAAAUGGCGGCGCAAAAGCCAACAUUAUCCCCGACUUCGCGGAGCUGGAACUGAUCAUCAGGGCCGAGACAGAUGCGGACCUCAAGGUUCUUAAAGACAAACUCUACAACAACUUCCACGCUGCCGCCUCCGCCACAGGUUGCUCGGUGGAGAUCAUUCCAGAAGCUGUGCAGUACUCAGCCAUGGUCAUCAACAGUUCUCUCAUUAAAGCCUACGAAGCCAACGCUGCUGACCUGGACAUUCAGUUUGAGCCAGUCCGGGCCGACGUCCCGCGAGGGUCAACAGACAUGGGCAACGUGUCGCACGUGGUCCCCAGCAUCCACCCGAUGUACUCCGUUGGCCGCAAUGCUCUCAAUCACACCCGAGAGUUCACCGAAGCGUCAGGCGACAUCGCUGCACAACCCAACACGUUAAACCAAGGGAAAGCACUGGCGAUGACUGCCAUCGACGUGUUUACCUCCCCUGGACUGCUACAGGCGAUCAAAGAUGAUUUCAGAAACGACAUGGCGUUGGUCUGACUUAGUGCAGCAUUUUGAUGAAUUAGCUGGCACCUUUACAUAAGGAGCUAAUUUAUUAUUUUUGUUUUGUGCUGUGUUGUUUUGGGAUAUUUAUGUAAUCUAAUGAAAAAGGAAAAACAAUGAGUCAGCAGGUAGCAAUUACAUUCUGUCUGAAUAUUGAACAAAGUAAUACAUAAGUAUAGAAUCUUUUUUACUUUUCUCUCUCUCUCUCUCUCUCUCUCUCUCUCUCUCUCUCUCUCUCUCUCUCUCUUCUUCUUCUUCUUCUUCUUCUUCUUCUUCUUCUUCUUCUCUGUUCAAACCACUGGACAUACCUGAUAUUUCUUCUGCUCUUUCAAGUGUAACACAGUAAUGACCAUUGACUAUCAGAAAAUAUACUUGAUUGUUCGUCUGCUGUUUCUUCUCUAACACAGUAAUGACCAUAGACUAUAAGAUGCAGAGGCCAUUAGGGAAAGAACACUGAAGAUGUCCACAACCAUAACACUAGUCUAAGAGCCUUUCAGCCAACGACAAACAAUAACUUCUCAACUUACCCAUAAUUAUAACAGUUCCUGAUCCAAAGACAUUAUGAAAUAAAAAAUUGUUUCUUCA